AUGCAUGCUGUGUUUUUUUAUUGUUGUUCAGGAAAGUAUGUUAAACGUCUACGUGCAGGUGACAAGAAUAUCGAGACAUUCCCUUGCCCAACAUGUCGCUCAGAGUUUACACUUAAGCCAGAUCAAGAUGUCGCUGAGGUGCAAACUAAUCAAUUUCUAAAGAAUAUCCUGGAGAUCAUGGAAAUUCAACAAAAAGCCAAUUUGUCUACUGUGUGUUCACGCUGCCAUAACCCUGCCAUCAAUCUCUGCGUGUCAUGCGAAAUACGCAUGUGCAAAAAGUGCUCCGAGGUACAUGACAGCUGGUUUAUGAAGAAAAAUCACAACAUGUUAUCCCUGCUGGAACUGAGCAAGCCCGAGGGUCAGGCAAAGGUAAAAAGCAAGCCUUACUGCAAGCAACAUAAGGAAAAUGUACUCGAAGUUUAUUGUGAAACGUGCAAGGAACUCUGUUGUAUACACUGCAUGUUGUUAAGUCAUCAGAAGCCAGACCAUUCCUGCGUGGCGGUGAGCGAGAUUUCGAAGAACCAAAGAGAAACUUUGCAAUCGAAUUGUGCUACACUUGUCGAGAAAUUAUCCGAAGGGAAAGUGGCAUUGAAAAACAUCGCUCAAGUGAUGAAAUCUCUCGGGGAUAAUGCUAAAACAGCGAAAGAACAAAUCAGAGAACACAAGAAAAGUAUCUUGAAGGUUGUGGCGGAAAAACUUGACGAGAAAGAAAAGAAAAUGAACGAGGAAGUGGACAAGAUUUAUGAUGAAUUAUGCAAUGAACUGUGCGAACAAAAUGAUGAAGUUAAAGCUUAUCUUAGAAAGGUCCAGGUCUCAAUCUCCUUUCCGAAGAAACUGCUGAAAGAGGGGUCUAUCGAAGAAAUUCUCUCAGCACGGAAACUGAUUGAUGAAAAUAUUGAGAAGCUAAAGAAAGAGCAACCGUACGAUCUCACUCCGGCGAAUGAUGGUGAUAUUCAGUAUGUACCUGGAGAUAUUAGUCAAGUCAGUGCUAAAGGAAUUGUUGAUAAGUUUGGUCAUGUGAAAGAUGCCGUCAUUCCCGCUAAUCUAAAAACUUCCUCAAGUAUUUUGGAAGGAAAUGUCACCUUCAUGAGACGGCUACACAAGUGGGUGGGAAAUAAAUGUAAAUGGAAUCUUUGUUACCGUGCUUCCAGAGAUGGUUGGAAUGCUCAAAAUUUCCAUUCACAAUGUAACAAUCGUGGACCGACAGUGGUUUUGGUGAAAGCCAAUAAUUGUAUUUUUGGUGGAUACACUGACCAACCAUGGCAUUACGAUGGGUAUAGUGGAAAUUAUUACAGGUAUUCGAACUGUUCAUUUAUGUUCUCGCUACGAAACAAAGACAACCUUGGUCCAUUUAUUGCCAAAAUCAAACAAGGUCAGGAGCAGAGUGCAAUUUACUGUUAUAAUUCUAAUGGACCAGUCUUUGGUGGAGGUAAUGAUCUGUUCAUUUGUGGCAAUCCUAACGUUAAUCAAUCCUCCAGCAAUUUUGGAAGCACAUACCAACUACCUUCUGGUUAUGCCUAUGGCAGUGAAGAAGCAAAGAAACUUCUUGCUGGUCAGUACCAAUUCUUGACAACAGAAAUUGAAGUCUUCUACUGACUGUUACCACAAAUAAACAUACAUCGAUUGCCGUUAAAGUAU